AACGUUUGGUUGAUCCAGCCAUUACACCGAGCCUCUUGAACGGUUGUGUAUGCUGUUUUGUGCGAUUGUAUUGAACACACAAAACUCGUGUUUUCUGUAUUGUUUAAAAUAAAAUAAUGUAUGGUGUGACAUCUGGAACACAUCAACAGUUUGUUGGUGACCUAAGUCCUCCGUAUGACGGCAGCGAAAUGGAUCUUUUUCCUGAUUUGUCUUUUCUGGAUUCCGUCCAAACUGACUUUUUGAACAACGGCUUCGACGACGAGCUUGCCUCAGCGCCGUACCCGAUCGACAACGCAAUGGACUUCAACGACCAAUGCCAGGCCCAGGCUGAGCUUGUUCCGGAUGUGAAACAAGGUAUUGUUAGCCCAAACAGUAACCCUACUUUAGUGCCUAAAUCAUCGAAAGGAAAAUCUGUAAUCAAGGUGAUGGUUACCUCAUCUAAAGAUGAAAGUGAACUGGUAAAUUUUUUGAUGGGAAAAGCUCAAAAUUGUGGACCAACACCAACGUUAAAAAUCAUAAAGAAAGCGGCAGUGUCUGCGCAACCGGAUUUGAAUCAUGACGUCACUAACACGCCCCACCAAGAAAUGAAAAUUGAUUCCACAAGGCCUGUUAAAGAAAAUGUAAAUGUUAGGCCUAGGCCGGUUAAGUCACAAAAUUUAACCAAGUCUAAAGAAAUGUCUUUGAUAGAACAAUUAGAAAAGGACCUUCAAGUUUGUGAUCCUAUGAAUCGAAAUGCAAUUGCAGCUCGCUUGAAUAGGUUGCGUAAGAAAAACCAUGUCGAAGGUCUCGAAGAAAGUGUUAACAAUUUGAAGACUGAAAAUGCUAAACUGCUUGAAAACAACACUUUUUUGAAUGCUAGGGUUUCUUCACUUGAGACUGAAGUGAGUUAUUUGAAAGGUAUUCUAGCUAAUCAAAGCUCUUUGUCAUUGUUACUAUCAAAUAUCCAAGCAACUAAUCUGAAUUUCCACACAUCAAUGGAGACCAUUGUUGACAAAUCCGAGGACAUUGACUCAAUCACACAAUCAAAGGCUGAAGAAGAAAUUGAUGUAGUGGGCGUAUCAUGUGACCAAAUUAAAGUUCCACUAAAAAGAAAAAGGACACAAACCGAUGAGAGUGAAAACUUGUAUUCUGAACAGAUAGAUAACAAAAUUAUUAAGAAAGAAGGGAAAACUGUACCUAGGAGGAGUAAUGAAGGUGAAAGGAGGAAGUCGGACAGAUUAAUUGAACAGAAAACUGAAUUUUCAAAGGAUAUUCCUCCAACUGCAGGUGUCUGCCUUCAUGUAUCUGGGAAGAAUGUGUCUCUUGAAUUCUGUUAUCAUUGUAGUAGGAGAGCACAGACGACUAUUCAGGUGGAUACGUCGGCUAGCAGUCGAAGGCUGGUCAAAGAUGAAAUCUGACUGAAAGACAAUGUGUUUUUUAAUGAUUUCUGACACUGCUGUUCAAGCUUUUCAACAUCCUGUUAAUUGUACAGUCAACCUGGUAUUCUAUUUAUUCAAAUGGUCGGUAUCAGUCACAUUUUUGUGUGGGUCUGUGCUCUUUCCAUCAUGAAAAACGAGGAAAGCAGAACUACUUCAAUAGAAACUUCAAACACCGGACUUGAUUCAAUUGGCGAAAGCAAAUGAUAUCUGCUGCAAAAUUUCAAAAUUUUUGAAGCGAUUGAGGACUACCUUUAUUCAAAAAGAACUUAAAUUAUUUUAAAUUGCAGUAAAAAAACUGCUUUAAAUUAUACCGCUGCUUUUAAACUCGCAAUGUAUUGCUCUAAAUUUGUUUUUGAAUAAGGCAUUUAUGGACAUUUUUACAUUAGUUUAUUGAAUGUGUUAAAAUAUUUUAAAAAUUCACUAAAAUUGAUAAAUCUAAAGGAAUUAUGAUAAAUUGCAAAGAUAUUUAACAAAAAUAUUUGUUUCUGUAAAUAAUUUUAAUGUAUUUGCACUGAAAUUGUCAAAAUUUAUACAAAAAAGUUAGUGCUGUAUGAUUUUGCUUUUAAUUAUAUAAUUAGUCUACUUGAUUCUUAAAUCUUACUGUAUAUUCGGUAGUCUAUGACAGUUGCGUAUUUUACUCGCAUUAGAAAGUAUAUUCUAAAAAAAUUAUACUAAAUUUGAAAUGUAAAUAAAUUGAUUUCAUUUUAGUGAAAUUUAAUGUUAGAAAUGUCUAUACAAAAAAUGUAAUUAGAAAAAUAUCUAAAUAUUUACAGAAAAUGUUAUUGCUGAAAUGAUUGGACUGAUUACAUUACCAAUCUAUUUAAGAUACAGAUUAUUUUAUAACAUUUGACUAGAUAGUAUUAAAAUUACAUUCUGGAAGUGGAAUUAAAAACAGUCAAAUAUCAUAAUAUUUUACACAAAAAAAGUUGUGUGUGCACUUUCACUAAAUUUUUCAAAUUCGAGUGUCUUUGUUUUUGCUAACAAGAAGCAGCAUACUGUAUUUAAUUUUACAGUAAACAAAUCUGACAUAACAAAUAUAUACAGAUUUUUUCAAGCAGUGUGAUUGUCUUUGAGAAUGAAUGAUUUUAUUUGAUGAAAAUCUUUGGCAAACAAACAAACAAAAUACAUUUAUUUAGACCCUAAUGGUUGUUUGGUUUUAAAGUUCUCUCCAGAAUAAGUACUACCUGACCCUUGCUGAUAUUGGAUGUAUAGGACACAUGUGAAAUCUGCUUUCAAAGCCCUUUGUUUUCUCCACAGAAUAAUUGCAGACUGUUUGCAGUAUAUUCAGUAGCCUGCGCAAAUGGUAAGGUCUCCCACGCUGCUACAUAGCACAGCACUGGAAGCAUUUCCCUUGUAGCUGGUGUUGGAUUGUGGCAGGCAUGGAAGGUGCUCCACAGUUUCAGCUCCUGCUUGAAGGAGAUUCUUCAGUGCUUCCUGAUAGCUAGAUAGGGGUUUUUAUGAAGCAACAUCAGUGUUGAAAGAUCUAUAGAAACAGCUUGAUCAGUGAAAGUGCUGAUAAAAGUACUACAUAAUCAUGAUGAAACUUUUUAGCAUAUAUUAUGGGCAUAAAAAAUCAUCUUUUUUAUUGGACAGGUGUUUACGGCACUUGCUGUUGCAGCGAUUAUUCAUUUAAAGCUUCCAUAUUAAAAUUCAUUUAUGUACCGUACACUAGUAGUUAACCUAACAAUCAUACUGUAUGUUGCUCAAAAUAUUAUGCUUUAUACUAUUCUGAAACAAACACAUUUGUUCCACUCGAAAAAAUGCUAAAAAAUAGUUCAAUCCAAAUUAUUGAAAUGUUGAUAAUUACAGGCACUCUCAUCUCAAAUUAAAUUUUAUAUGCUUUAGUACAAUGGAAGUUGACAUUUCUAAUAUUAAUGUUGCUUUAUAAAUUGCAUUGUUUAGAUUCCUAAGUUUAUUAAUUUAAACAAGUUCCUAAUUGUUCGUUCUAAAUGUGGGACUUUGACAUUAGUUAAUUUUAACAGCCAACUAAAAGGAUCUUAUGCGGAGUUAUGUCCAGGUUGUUCCCUGUUUAUUAUGUACAUUUGUAUAAUACUGAUAUGGUUUGUAAAUAAAAUGGGUGGAACGGACGGCUACAAGGGGAGGUUGGAGGCCGUUAAAUAGACACUAAAAUAAAUCUUCGAAACAAAAUUCAUUCAUAUCCAAUCUCUGCAUGAGUUCCUUAUAUCUCUGAAUCAAUCUUUAUUUUUGCAACAGUCAACCUUAUAUAGGAGAAUUUUCAAACAAUUUUUAAUUGCAAAAACAUUUACAUAAAAUUAUUUACUGUAGGCCUACAGUUGAAUUUUUUUUUUUUUUUUUUUUAUACCAGAUGUAGAAAGCAAACCCUUGCCCUUUACUAGCGUAAAUUAUGAUCCCUGACCAUCCAAUGGGGUCUAAUAUAAUUACUGGACUGAGUAGUCAUGUGUUGAUAGUUGUAUGCAUAAUAAAGAAUGUUUCAGAGAAUAUAUGUUUAGAAUUUUUAUAUAACUUUUUUUUUUCAUUUUUCCUUCCAACACCAAUAGCUUGGCCUACCACUUUUUAAGGAGCCAUGACUGAGGCAGUUAGCCUUCGUUGCACCUUGUUGAAGGCUAGCCUGUAAUACUAGUAAGUCUAGAAAAAUUAUGGUAACAUGUAAGUACUGUACUGUAAUGUACAAAAGUAACAUGAUCAUGCAUAGCAGAAAAUAUGAAUAAAGAAAAGGUGGCAUAGGUUUGUAUACUAUAUACAGUUAUAUUACAGUUUAGUUAUGUUCCAGGUUUAGGCUGUUGUCCACUAAGCAAAUUCAUUCGCACAAGACAAAAAGUUUCCCAGUAAAGAAAAUCUUGUAAUCUUGGCGUAUUUUCAACUACAUUAGCAAAAAAGUAUUUUCAAAAACAUUGCUGUGUUGCUAAUUGCAUGCAGUGGUAAUUCAUAGAUUGAUCGUUUCAAUUCUGUGUUCAUUGGCGCAAUUAAUUCUUUUCCCAAAAUGUGGUUAGAUGCAUAUUAUUUUGCUUCACAAAAAGGAACUGUUCGAAUUCGUCAAAGCGAAACACUACAAGCGAAAACGCAAACAAUGUGAAGAAGUAAGAAAUAAUAAGAAUUGAACUGCACAUGUCUACUGUCAAACUCUUGAUUUGCACGAAUAAAUUUGACUAGUAGAAAACAGGCGUUAGUCAAGAUAAUUAAAAGUAUUGUUUAUGUUUAGAGUAAUCUUAACUUUUUUUACCAUUUCUUUAUUCAGUUUUUUAAUUUGAUAAGGAAAAUGAUAAGUGUAUAUAAACAGUGAAUUACCUUUCACAUUAUUUUCAAGUUUCAAAUACUGUAGUAGUUUGGGAAGGGUGUCCAGAUAUGUAUUCUUUCAAAUGUACUUUAAAUUUAGAUUAAAAGUACUUUACAGUAGAUAGUAUAUAAAAAUAUUUCUUAUCAUGCUUAAUACACAGUAAAACCGUGAAGUGUUGCAAAAUUGAGAGGGAAACUGAAAGGUUAGCAAUUAAGAGAACUGUUUGUUCACUUAUAUAUAAAUGUAAAUGGCCCUAAAUAUUGUUGCGUGUUCUGCAUUGCUGUUACGAUAAUUGCAAAGUGUCUGGAUUGGUUUACUUUGAAUAAAUGAAACAACAUUUGAAAGAAAUUGA